UGCAAGAUUAUGCUUGCUCAGUAUUUCAUUCAUAAGAAGGCAGGACACACAUUGCACAUCUUGCAACUGAACACAACCUGAAGAAACUUCUUUCAAUUUGCUUUUUUCUUCCUGUUGGUUGUGUCCUUACUGAAUAAUAUUUGAAACUCAUAUAUUGUGAGUUGCUUGCCUGGCUUUAUUCUCCUGAUAAAAAGAGGGAGAGCUGAUUUGAUGACAGAAAAGUGCAGCAGUCACACCGCAUCCUUCUUCAGCUGGGAGCUGCAGUAGAUGUUUUGGGCCAUGGACAUCUCCAUCAGUUAAAGAAUGGCUCCUGAUGUCUACCCAUAAUGGAUACUGGAUGAGGCAGCAUAGAUGGCGUACGGAUAAAGAAAUGAGGCACUUUUCCGACAGUAAGUUCGUAACAAUAUGCCAAGACGAAGAAACCUUCUCACUGCAAUCCUCAUUGCUUUACCCUGGACCAUACUGCUGACCAUCUGGCACCAGAACUCAGGGGUCUUCUACCCUGCCAUUCAGAGAAAGGAGCCUGACAAUGGAACUAAAAGGAUACUCACCAACAGCUCUCAAAACAAAGAGGAACAAAGUGUCUGUGUCCACCAGGAAGCAAUGCUUACUCAGCAGAUCAUCAAACUGGAAUACAUAUACACCAGACCUCCCCAGUGGUCUCAGUCCUUACCAACCAUCUACGUCAUAACACCGACCUAUACGAGACCAGUUCAGAAAGCAGAGCUGACCAGGCUAGCUAACACUUUCCUCCACGUACAGAACCUGCACUGGAUUGUUGUUGAGGACUCUCCCCGCAGGACCGGUUUAGUAGCACUGCUGCUGGAAAAGAGUGGACUGAACUUCACCCAUCUGAACAUCCAAAGCCCAAAAAGUGUGAAGAUGGGCCUCAGUAAAUCAUCUUCUCGCACGCCAAGGGGUACUCUGCAAAGAAAUUUGGGUCUGCGUUGGUUGAGAGACAAAUUGAACCCUAAUGAAUCAUCAGAGGGCGUGGUUUACUUUGCUGAUGAUGACAACACUUACAGUUUGGAACUCUUUGAGGAGAUGCGAUUCACAAAAAAGGUUUCAGUAUGGCCUGUAGCUUUCGUUGGUGGACUGCUAUACGAGUCUCCCAAAGUGAACAAUGCAGGAAAAGUCAUCGGUUGGAAAACUGUUUUUGACCCAAAUAGACCUUUUGCUAUUGAUAUGGCAGGGUUUGCAAUCAACAUUAAGUUGAUACUCAUGAAACCUUCAGCCAACUUUCAGCUGUAUGGAAUCAAGGGAGGAUACCAGGAAACCAGCUUGUUGCGGGAACUCAUAACUUUAAAAGAGCUGGAACCUAAAGCUUCAAAUUGCACUAAAGUAAAGUAACGUUCCAAUUGGGACUUAAUUAACACACACAGUUUACUCUUACUCAACCAAACCUGUGGGUUGUAUAUCACUCUAUAAACUAGGAUCAGUGUAUUAUACUUUGAGGGAAAUGAGC